CCAUAUUUGAUUCGAUUAUGCUGUUCUGGCUGCGACAACCAGUUUAGCCAGUUCGUAACGAAAAAAAACGGUGUCUUUUCUUCACUACACACGGCCAGCGUUAAGGUUAAUCUACGACGAAGUACCAGCUGUAUUCACAGUAACAGCAGUUUAUAAUCUGUAGUCCAACGAUGAAUCCCGAAUAUGACUAUUUAUUCAAGCUGCUCCUGAUCGGUGAUUCUGGUGUCGGAAAGUCUUGUCUCCUUCUCCGGUUUGCAGAUGACACGUACACAGAGAGCUACAUUAGUACCAUCGGUGUGGACUUCAAGAUCAGGACCAUUGAGCUGGACGGAAAGACCAUAAAACUUCAGAUUUGGGACACGGCCGGCCAGGAACGGUUCCGCACCAUCACCUCCAGUUACUACAGAGGAGCUCACGGCAUUAUAGUGGUUUACGAUGUGACGGAUCAGGAGUCCUUCAAUAAUGUCAAACAGUGGCUACAGGAGAUCGACCGCUACGCCAGCGAGAACGUCAACAAGCUGCUAGUAGGCAACAAGUGUGACCUCACAACGAAGAAGGUUGUCGAUUACACCACAGCUAAGGAAUUUGCCGACAACUUGGGCAUCCCCUUCUUGGAGACGAGCGCCAAGAGCGCCACCAACGUGGAGCAAGCCUUCAUGACCAUGGCGGCCGAGAUCAAGAAGAGGAUGGGCCCCGGGGCCACGGCCGGAUCCUCGGAGAAGUCCAACGUGAAGAUCCAGAGCAAGCCAGUCAACACCUCGUCCGGAGGCUGUUGCUGAGACCUUGAAAACAGCCACGCCCCACUCCAUCUCCCCCCCCCCCCCCCGAGCCCACGACCUGUCUCAAUGUUACCAUGCUCCACAGGGAGAGGGAGGGAGGGAGGAAGAGAGAGAGAGAGAGAGAGGGAGAGAGGGAGAGGGAGAGAGAGGGAGGGAGGGAGGGAGGGAGGGAGGGAGGGAGGAGGAAGACUUUGAGUGGACCGGUUUGUAAGUGUGUGCGCAGUUACACCAGAUUCCCCACCGUAAGCCCAUCCACACCCACCGAACACACUGGGCGGUUCAUUUUUUUUUCUGUUCUUACUUUACCAAAACACACUCAUACUGGAAAAAAAACUAAAUGUACACAAUUUUAACAGUGUGUGAAGUUAACCAAUGUUUUGUUUUUGUUUGCCCCUGCUCUUCCUUUUGAGUUUGCUAAAUGAGUCACUUUUCUAAAAAAAAAAAAAAAAAAACAGAGGAACCCCCCCACCCCACACACACACAGUUGUCUUUUAUUUCGCUGUAGAUAACAGCGUGACUUUGGCCCUGAAUCUCCUCACAUAUACGAAUCGGUAAGCUCUUCAAAUGAAGCACAUGCUUAAAACCAGCAUCAUGCACGUUCAGAUCAGAUCACAUGCUCCCCUCGGGUGCAUGUGAGCGAGUGGCGUCCUGCUCGACAGGAAACCGGUUACGUCGCCUGCUCCCAACUUCACAGUGUCGCCCCUUUAAAAAAAAACAAAAAAAAAAAACGAUGUGCCAGUGCCUUUGUGGCAGGAGAUUCACAUGACAUUUAUGCCUUCGGUGCUCUUGUGUUGUCGGCGUGUUCCCCUCGUAUGCCCACAGUCGUGACUUCUUGCUUAAAGAAUCCACAUUGUAUGAUAGCAGUCAACAUUCCUGUGUGUAUAUAUCUAUAUUCGGCUCUGUGUGUGCUCUGCUGGGUCUUCACGAUACAAUAAGCAUGUGCUGCAUUGGGAGACGUGACGUUCAGCCGCGUGCGUUUUCUCUGCUAAUGUUCCUCAACCGACAGCACAACCGCAACAGGAGAAACGGAAAAACCACCAUCCCAGCUCGAGAAUAAUCUAUAAACUGUAUAUAUUUAUACAUAAAUGUAAGAAGUGAUUUGCAAAUUGUGUAGAGAAGCAAGCGAAUGACAUGAUGCAUAGAUGGAAUUAGUAAUCUCGGCACGUGAUUUCUGGCUGCGGACAUGACAUUUUUGUGGCACGAUGUCGACUAUUAAACAAUGAAGGAGAUCUUUGAUAACUG